AUGUUUAAAACAUUAACAACUUCAAAAGUAAUAAAUAAGUUCAAUUAUAAACUAUUCAAACCAACUACAUUAACGAAUUUUAAAUCUAUUUCAACAACCACCACUAAUCUAUUCAAUAUUAAUAAUAAUAGUAAUAACAGCAGUAAAAUGUCUUUCCAAUAUAAACAACCUGAACAUAAAUUGACUAUGAUUCCAGGGCCAAUUGAGUUUUCUGAUGAUGUUUUAGCAUCAAUGGCAACACCAUCACAAGCUCAUACUUCCCCAGAAUUCAUUUCUACUUUCCAAUCAGUCUUGAAAAACUUGAGAAAAUUGUUUAAAUCUACUGAUGCCAACACUCAAGGUUAUGUAUUGAGUGGAUCAGGAACUUUGGGUUGGGAUGUUGCAUCAAGUAACUUGUUGAAUCCAGGUGAAAAAGUUUUAGUUUUAAGUACUGGUUUCUUUUCCGAUUCAUUUGCUGAAUGUCUUAAAGUUUAUGGAGCUGACGUUGAUGUGUUGACCGCUGAAGUUGGUGAUGUUGUCCCCUUCGAUAAAAUUGAAGAACAAUUGCAAAAGGAGAAAUAUUCUGCCAUUACCAUAACUCAUGUUGAUACCUCAACUUCGGUAGUUAGUGAUGUUGAAGCCAUUAGCAAAGUUGUUAAAAAAGUAUCUCCUGAUACUUUAAUUAUUGUUGAUGGUGUUUGUUCCAUUGCUGUUGAAGAUUUGGAAUUUGACAAAUGGGGUAUUGAUUUUGCUUUAACAGCAUCUCAAAAGGCUAUUGGUGUUCCAGCAGGUUUGUCAAUUUUCUAUGCCAGUGAAAGAGCUUUAGCCAAGGCAUUGAACAAAGAAAAGGAAUCAACUUUUUUUGCUUCAUUAAAGAGAUGGACUCCAAUCAUGAAAGCUUAUGAAAGUGGGAAUGGUGCUUAUUUUGCUACUCCAGCUGUCCAAACAAUAACUGCUUUAAAAACUUCAUUGGAUGAAAUUUUGAGUCAACCAAUUGAUGAAAGAUUUGCCAAACAUGCUCAAGUUUCUGAUAAAUUCAAAUCUAGUGUUGAAAAAUUGGGAUUGAAAAUCUUGCCAGUUGAUCAUAAAGUUGCAGCUCACGGUUUGACUGCAGUUUACUUCCCUGAUGGGGUUAAUGGACCUGAUUUGUUGAAAAAAUUAUCUGAAAAAGGUUUUGUUGUCGCCGGAGGGAUCCAUAAGAAAUUGGUUGGUAAAUAUUUUAGAGUCGGUCACAUGGGUUAUUCAGUUUAUGCUGGUCAUGUUGACAAGUUAACUAAAGCCCUUGAAGAAUCAUUAAAUGAAUUAAAGUAA